UGGAGUCUGAGAAAGGUACCGCUCCUUCAGCAUCCUUCAGCAUCUUUCCUAAGGAGCAUCCUAAGAAGCUCCUGACUUGCAGUGAAUGGGACGCAAGUAUGCCGCCUGAAACAAGUUAACGCACAACAUUAACGGCACUUUCCUCUUAAUAAAAACACUACGGGACUAUGAAUCUGGAUAAAUCCUUAGAGACAUCGGAGGACUCCACAAAGAGUAUGGCAUUUUGAGGGAACUGGUAAAAUUAUCAGUGGAUUUUCAUCUUUCUUGACUGAACCUCUACUACUUUGAGGAUGCCGGUUUUGAAAAGGGAACAAGCAAGAGAUGUGGGAGAUCCAAGUGGCCUCCCGAAGCUCCCAGUGCCACCCUUGCAGCAAACACUGGACAUGUACCUGAAGUGCAUGAGUCACCUAAUACCAGAGGAGCAGUUCAAAAAGACAAAGGCGACUGUAGAGAAAUUUGGAGCACCUGGCGGGAUGGGAGAAUUUCUUCAGAAAAAGUUACUGGAGAGAAACGAAAAUAAGGCCAAUUGGGUGUAUGACUACUGGCUUGAAGAAAUGUAUUUGAGCAACAGAUUAGCACUACCUGUCAACUCCAGUCCUGUGAUGGUCUUUCCCAAGCAGAACUUCAGGAGUCAAAGUGACACCCUCAGAUUUGCUGCCCAUCUCAUUUCUGGUGUAUUAGAGUAUAAAUCUCUUAUAGAUGGACGUGCCCUCCCUGUAGACUAUGCUCGUGGGCAGCUGGCCGGGACGCCCCUGUGUAUGGAUCAGUACAACAAGGUCUUCACCUCCUACCGUCUGCCAGGGCCAAAAAUUGACACUUUAGUGGCUCAGAAGAGCACAGUUAUGCCCGAGCCUGAACAUAUAAUAGUGGCUUGUAAGAAUCAGUUUUUUGUUCUUGACGUGGUGAUAAACUUUCGUCGGCUGAAUGAAAAAGACCUUUACACUCAGCUGGAGCGAAUCAGAAAGAUGGCAGACAUUGAAGAGGAGCGUCUGCCUUCGAUCGGUCUGCUCACAUCAGAUGGCAGAACACAGUGGGCCGAGGCUCGCAGUGUGCUGAUCAAAGAUUCUACCAACAGGGACUCUCUGGACAUGAUUGAGCGCUGUCUGUGUCUGGUGUGUUUGGACGAGCCGUCUGGCACUGAACUGACAGAUACCAACCGAGCUUUACUGAUGCUCCACGGAGGGGGGACGGACAAAAAUGGGGGCAAUCGCUGGUAUGACAAGCCCAUGCAGUUUGUAAUAGGUGCAGAUGGAUGCUGUGGUGUUGUAUGUGAACACUCACCUUUUGAAGGAAUAGUGCUUGUGCAAUGUACAGAAUAUCUACUGAGAUACAUGAGAGGAAGCCCUUCUAAGCUUGUGAGGGCAGCCAGCAUGAGUGAGCUUCCUGCCCCCAGACGACUGCGCUGGAAAUGCUCGCCAGAUAUCCAAACGUUCCUCAUGGCCUCAGCAGACAAAUUACAGAGACUUGUGAAAAAUCUGGACAUGAAUGUCAACAAAUUCACUGGUUAUGGCAAAGAGUUCAUCAAGAAACAGAAAAUGAGCCCUGAUGCUUAUAUUCAAGUUGCCCUCCAAUUUACAUUUUACAGAUAUCAUGGACGUCUAGUGCCCACCUAUGAAAGUGCAUCAAUACGCCGCUUUCAGGAAGGACGAGUUGACAACAUUCGCUCCUCCACACCUGAGGCCUUAGCGUUUGUGAAAGCUAUGGCAAAUAACUCCAAAAUCACUGAUGCUGAGAAAAUGGAGCUGCUUUGGACUGCAAUUAAAGCCCAAACCAAUUACACAAUUCUAGCAAUCACUGGGAUGGCAAUAGACAAUCACUUGCUGGGACUGCGAGAGAUUGCCAAGGAGCUGAAACUAGACAAGCCAGAGCUGUUUUCUGAUACAACCUAUGCCACCAGCAUCCACUUUAUUCUCUCUACAAGCCAGGUUCCUACCACUGAAGAGAUGUUCUGCUGCUAUGGUCCUGUUGUCCCUAAUGGCUACGGAGCCUGCUACAAUCCUCAGAAGGACCACAUCAUCUUCUGCGUAUCAAGCUUCCUUGACAGUGCCGAGACAAGCUCAGAUUUCUUUGUGAAGACUCUUGAGGGGUGCCUAAAGGAAAUGCAAGAUCUAUGCAUGAAAUGCAACACUGAAGCUAAACCAACUGACUCCACAGAAAGGGUGGACGGAACUACUAAGGUAAUGAAGAAUGGAAGCAAGUCAUAGCAAGAAGCUACAUCAUUUGAAUCGUAUGGAAGACGCAGAAACCACUGUGACUGUACAAAGAUGGACAUUUUGGGAGAAAAUAAUAGUCUCAAAAACAAGGCCAAUUUUAUUACCAACAGCAGUGAUAUAGAUCUUCUAUGGAGCUGUAGUUGCUUGAAAAAAGUAGAUCUAUUUAGUUAUUUUGCAUUAUUUGGCCUAUGAGAGCAUAUACAAAUUAAACAGGAGUAGAUGAAACUCAGCAGAUAUAUAGUAAAUUAUGUCUUCUUAAUAUGACCUGAACUAGCUGAGGAUCCUACCCAGCUUUUCAGUCUGUCUAAGAGUAUAUUAUAGUUGACACUGUCAAAGGCAGCAUUAAAAGGAUAGUUUACUCAAAAAUAAAAAUUCAGUAAUCAUUUACUUAUGUCGUUCCAAAUCUGUAUGACUCACUUUCAUCCGUGGAACACAAAAGAAGAUAUUUUUAAGAAUGUUUCAACUGUUUUUUUCAACAACAUUGAAAAAUUAUUAUGAGGGCGCCUUGAUGCUUGUCGCUGGAAACUAAAUAGAAAAUUGUCCUAAAAAAUGACAUUCUCAAUUAUGCUGCCUUUGAAAAACAGUACUAUAUCCACUUGCUUAGUAUGCAUAUGUAAAUUAUAAUAUGAUAACCUAUAGCUGUUUACAAUCUACACCAGUUUUUUUAUGGUCAUGUCAGAGUUACCAUAACUUAUGGUUAUAGAUACCUGUCAAAAUACAGUACUCUGAAUGACAACCCUUUGGAACUUGACCAGAAGCUGCUAUUUAACUUUGUCUCAUCUCUUGCAUUUUAAAAUUUAUUUAAUGUUUUUUUAAAAAGGUAUCUGUAUAUAUAGCAAAGUCUAUUUUAAGUCUGCAGUAUACAAACAAAAUGUCAGGACCAGGCAUUAUAAUUUAUACUCUAUGGUAUUAUAGCUUUAAAGUGUGCUGUGUUUUAUGUGUUCUAUAAAUUGAAUUCUCACUUGGUCAUAUUCUAAAAUGCACAGUCUAAGGUCCUAAAAACAAGUCAGUGUGCAUAAAUGUUUAAAGAAUAUGAGCCAUUGUUAUGUGUUUGCAUUCUGUGGGGUUGUCUUGAUUUCCAAUGCAAUAAUAGUAACAGGAAUUUUUGAUGUCUAAUGCAAUAGCAGAAACCUAUGAAGCCAAGAAGAAUAGUUUAAUUACAGUGGCAAAUUGAUAAGCUUUUUUUAAAAGUACAAUCAUUGUUGUGUUUGUGAAAAUGUGCUUAUAUUACGUCUGAAAAUGACAUUGACACGUGUUGCACACGAGGUCUAUACAGUAUAUCUAAAGAAAAAUGAACAAUACUUGAUGUCUGUCUAAAGACUGAGUGAGAAUAUGUUUUUAUAUUGUGAACACUGUGGUUUUUAUUUUUAUUUUAUUUGUAUAUCCUACAUGUCGAUUCAGUCGUGAUAGUAAUUGUGAAGUAGAUCAAAAAACUAAAACAGUGACGCCUUGAGAAAUUAAUUUUAGCACUUUAUAACUAGAUCAAAUAUGUACUGUAGCUUAGCUGAAAUAGUCUAAUAACGCACUUUAUCAUGUUACUAGAGUAUAAAAAGAGAGAAAAUAUGUAUACUAUAUAGAGAGAGAAAUUAUAGCCUUAGCCCAAGUAUUAGUAAUAGAAUGUGUUUGUUGAUUAUCAUGACAUCAUGUUAAGCAUGAAUAUUUGAGAAUGGGCAAAUCAGAAAAUACAUGUAAAAAUGAGGAUGUAACAGAAUGUAUGUCAAGUGGUGGAGUGCUUAAACUGUGAUGUUAUUUAACUCUGGGAUAUUUAUUUUUUCAAAAAGAGUUUUCAAAAGAUAAAUGGUCUAUUUAUCAAUAUCACUGUAUCCUAAUGAUGCCAUAAAAAAUACUAA